AUGGCGACGUUUCAGAGAAUCAUAGCCAUCUUAACCAGGCUCCUGUGCAUUUGCAAUACCGUGAGGGGUCUUACGAACACGACCGUGAUGUACAGUAUCUGUAACGUUCAGAUGUACGUGCCGUCAACCGAGUACGGACAUCUGGUGGUCGAAACUUUGAGAGAUCUAGUUCAGGAGACGCCUAUGUGGGCCUAUGGAUAUUACAACCAGCGUCCGGGCAGCGAGCAGACUGUCUAUGGACACGGAGACUGUCACUGGAAGCUCUCGCAACCCAACUGCUACAAUUGCACGCACCUUGCUCUUCAAACCAUAACGCGUCAAUGUCUAAAUGCUGUCGGGGCUCAAGUCCAGCUAGUGGCCUGUAGGAUGAGGUACGAGGAUUACGUGUUCGAUGAAUCACCUAUAUAA